AUGGGGUUUCGAGUUGUAGCUGCUGUCAAAGCAAAAGUUGGCGAUAGUUUAAUGGAAUCAAGUUAUGUCAAAUUUCCAAAUGGGUUUAUAGAUCUUAACUUGCUGGCUCCAACAGAAGACGAAGAUUUUAGGCGGGUUAAGUUUUCUGGGUCAGGUUCGUCUGGAUACCUAAAGUUACUUGAUAUGCCAUCCUCUCCAGCUAUAGAGGAAUAUCAAAGUGAAAUAAUAAAAGAUUCUACGCAGACUGAUAUUGAAGAAGGACAAGUGUAUCAGGACAAGCAAACUGUAGUUGCUGCAAUGAAGCACUUUUCUGUGAAGCACAAGUUCCAGUUCAGAGUUAAAAGAUCUAGUCAUAGAAGGCCUUUUGUUGCACCUACAUUUACAAUUUGUAUUAAAUACUGUAUUUUUUUGGAAGCUACUGGCUUGUAUGCGUUGGUGAAAACUGUAAAUGUUGUAGUUGGUAGAAUGGUCAUGCCAAAGUAUUGUGAUCCUAAGACAGUUUACACACCAAAGGACAUACAAACUGACAUGUUAUCCCAACAUGGAGUGAACCUAAGCUACAUGCAAGCAUGGAGGGCAAAUGAAAAGGCUUUACAGUUAUUGAGAGGUCAUCCGGCUGACUCCUACAACAAAUUACCAAAAUAUUUUUAUAUUCUUGAGAAGACGUAUCCUGGUUCAAUUGUUAAAUUGAAGAAGACAACCGAUGAAUGCUUCUUAUAUGCAUUUGUUGCUCUUUCUACAUCAAUAAGUGGUUGGGAAUAUUGUAGACCAGUAGUAGUGGUUGAUGGGACAUUCUUAAAGACAGCCUAUAGGGGAAUUAUGCUGACAGCAAGCACAAUGGAUGCAACAGGAACAAUAUUGCUUUUGGCAUAUGCAGUGGUUGAUUCGGAAAACGACGCAUCGUGGAAGUGGUUUUUUGAGCAAUUCAAGCUAGCAUAUGGCAAAAGAACUUCAAUGUGUGUUGUUUCAGAUAGGAAUGAGAGUAUCCUGAAGGCAACAUCAAUUGUCUAUCCGGGCAUGCCACACUACUCUUGCGUGUGGCAUAUUUGGACAAAUAUAAGGGCAAAGUUCAAGAAGGGUCAUCUACAAUUAAAUGAAUUGUACUUUGCUACAGCAGGGUCAUACACUAAAUUUAAUGAAAGGAUGUCGAAGAUUGAAGAGAUAGACCCUCGUGUUAAAUCAUACCUCUAUGAUAUUGGCUAUCAUAGAUGGUCAAGAGUACAUGCAACGGUGAAUAGAACUUGGACUAUAAUAUCAAACAUUGCAGAGUCGUUGAAUGUUGUAACAAAAUAUGCAAGAGAGCUGCCUAUAUUUGACCUAUUAGAGUAUAUGAGGACACUUCUUGAACGUUGGACGAAAGAGAAGUUGUUGAAGGCAAAGGGUACUUUCGCAUACCUUGGGUAUAAAUUCAACAAAGGAUUGGAGAAAAACAGUAUAUUAUCUCAGAAACUUAGGGCGAGGGCUUCAACGGAUCUUAUCUAUACUGUGAUAGAUGGUGUGAAGCAGUACAUUGCGUGUCUUGAAAACAAGAAAUGUACUUGUGGCCAGUUCCAACUUGAUGAAAUUCCAUGUGCGCAUGCUUUGGCAGCUUUAAGGGACAGGAAUGAAGGAUAUGAAAAUUAUUGCUCGCCGUAUUACACAAGGGAGAGCCUACUCCGUACAUAUGAAAUGCCAGUAAAUCCCCUUCCUGAUGAAAGCAAAUGGAAUGUGCCACAACAUAUAUCUGAUGAAGUCGUAAAACCACCUACGGGAGAGAAAAAGCAGCCAGGAAGACCUCAAAAGGGAAGAUACAAAACAUAUU